AUGGAAUCUCACUUAAAAGAAGAGGAAAUGGAUGGCUUCGACCAAAACGAAAGUCAUGACUUUAACGAUUUUGAGAAUAAAAUCGAAAACGAAGACGAUGAAGAGACUGAAGAUUACGAAGAAGAUAUGAAAGAAGUUGUAGAAGACGUUCCACUCGUGCAUCUAGCAAAAAAGAGGUUAAUUUUUUUUAUUUGUACUCUUCCAGAAGAAAAAAAUUACUCUUUUGUAACUUUUUGCAUCAAUUUAUGUUUUUAAAAAUAUCUCAAUCAAUUCCAGUGAAAAAAAUACUGCCAGAAACUUUGAUUCCUUCUCUUUUUUUAGCAUAAAUUGAAGAGUAGUUGAGAACUUUUCGAGAUGAUUACAAAUUUGAAAAACUUUGAUCAAAUGGCAAAUAAUGUACGUUAACUUUAUUUUUCAGUGCUCGGUUUAUGGAAAAACGUUGCUUCCGUCCUGGGAACUGACAUUUUGCAAUACUCUCCUCCGGAAAAACACUGAAGGUGUCGAGUCAACAUCGAAAAUUCAAGUUUCUGAAACUUGUGAGUGUCUUUUUUUUAAUUUUCCAUCAGUUAUAGUUUUCGAAGUUUUAAAAAAAGUUUAUUCAAGUUUAGAGAUAUUUCUGAGUGAAAUUAUAAAAAAAUAUAUAUAUAUAUAUAUAUAUAAUUUGGUCUUGAUCAACUUACAGUUAUCUAUUACUCUAUUAAUUUGAUUUUUUUUUUGAAUUCUUCAUCAAAAUCGAUAAGACUAUCAACACUUCAGUUUUUCUAAUUUUCAGCAACCCUCGCCUCUGCUUUCAAUUACGGAAAGAAAAAGAACAUGUUGGAGCCUGUGGAUACAUCAACAACGAAGCUUAAAGACUUGAUGAAAAAACGUCGUGCGAUGUUCGUUUUCUUGUCCAAUUCUUCUUGAAGUUUUAUAUUAAGAGAAAUUUCCUUUCAGUGAAUCGCCAGAGCCGACCCCUCAACCUGAACCAGAAACCAGUGAAAUCAAAAAAGAGAUCAUCACACUUGAAGAGGUAUGAAGAGUUUCGAUUUAUUCUUGUCAAAUUUCAACUUUCAAGAAUUAUUCAAGCGGUUCAGGAAUCGGACCAAGACGAAGGUCCUCCGGAAACUGACGAACGAGGAGUUCCUUUAGAUCCAGCACUGCAAUAUCCAGUGGUCAGUAUUUUUAAAACUAUUUUUUGAGUUGCAAUAUUUCGUUUGAUUUUGGAAAAAUAGAAAAAUGCAUAUUUUUAUGUAAUUUUUGAAAUUUUCAGUACAAUCCACUCCAAGCUGCCAUGCGCCGAGUGGGAAUCAAGAAAAAAUACGGCAGAAAGUGGGAAGAAAAAGACACCGAACUGUUUUACAGUGAGCUGCUUUCAGUCAAAAUUUAAAAAUGUUAUUUAAGUCUGGUGGUAUUUUUCCAAUUUUUUUAGGCUACGGUGGAAAAAUUUAUUUGAAUUUCCGAAUAUUAUGAUUUCAUGGAACAAAAAAUUUCUCAUUCUGUUUUGAUUCGGGAAAUGAAAAAAACCUCGCUAUUUUAUUGUUAUUGUGCUAUUUUAUUGUGGUAGCCAAAGGACAAUCCAUUGUAUUUUUGAUGGAAAAGGAACUGGCCAUUGAAAAAAUAAGCCCUGUGUAUAGUAACUUCGAAGUUUUCAUUUUUUCCAAAGGUUAUGAACUCGAUUUGUUCGAGGAUAACGGUUAUUUGAACAGGAAAUAUUUUUCAAAGUUUUCACAAAAAAAUAGACCCCUUCUAGUAUGCUUAUUCGAUUCUUAUUUCAUUAUGAGCAUAUGUUGCAGAGUUGAUUCAAGUGACCGGAGUCGAUUUUAAUUUGAUGCAUCAGUUCAUGCCGUCUAGGUCAGUGGAUGAGCACCGAUCAAAAUACAGACGAGAGUACAGGCUGAAUUACGAGCGAAUGAGCCAGGUUUUUUUCCUGAUUGUUUUAUUUUUUUUUUAUCUUCGAUAAUUUUUCAGACUCUGAAUUCUCCUGCCAUUAUGAAUGAUGAAACUCUGGAAGAAAUCAAGAAAAAAGAUGCAGAACAGCAAGAAGUCCGCCGCGAGGUAUUUUUUCAAUUUCCGGAUUUUUUCACGUUUCUGAAGUCAAUUUCAAGCCAAAAACUGUGUUUUCAGAAUCCCACCAUGCAGCCGUGGCAAGUGAGACUAGUGGUGAGUUUAUAUUGUUUUCCCUCAAAAACUUUCCUUCGCUUAAAAAACGUCGAAAUAGCUUUUCUUAGAUAGAAAACUUGCAGUCAAACAAAUUUUUUUUCACAAAAAAAUCGUUUAAAGUAAAGACAUCUUAACCAUUCAUAACUCUUUAAUUUUCAUGAAGAGGCGUCUUGAAAUUAAUAAACACUGUGAACUUGAUCAUUGUGUAAUGAUUUUAUUCAAAUUUGAAACUGUAGGUUUUAAACGAUAAAAAUAUUAUAACAACAAUGGAUCAGUAGAGACUUGAAAAUAUAAAAAAAUGUUUUUCAUAAUUAGAAGACAACAAAGGAUAAUUUCAGAAAAAGCGAGAAGCGAAUAAGAAGAAAAGAUUGGAAGCAAAACUCGAAAGAAACGCGGCGUGAGUUUUUUUUUGAUUAUUUGGUUUUAUUAAAAGCUUAUUGAGCAAAUUUUAGAAAUAAAUCAUUAAAACGGAUUUUGAAAAAGUUUCAAAGCGCAAAAUUAAUUUAUUUCUUCCGUUAUAAUCAACUGUUUUUUUGGUUUAAAAAGGCGAAUUGAGUUGAAAAAGCAAAGGCAAAGUGUUGAGCCGCGGCUUUUUGGCGGAAAAAUCGAGGUCAUAAUCAACCUUAAAAAUAAGAGAAUAAAAAAAGGUUUUCUGUAGAAAAAAAGAGGUAUUUUAUAUUUUUAUUCUAUCCAACCAAAUACUCGAUUUCCCUGCCGAAAAAUUGCCUCGCAAACGCAACGCUCCACUCUUGCCAGUCAACCCAUUCCGCCUUUCGAUUCGGCAAUAACUGACUUCAGCUUAAAGCAAUUUGACCUUAAAAUUUUGAUUUCAGCAAAACCGAAGCUAGUUUACAAAAGAAGCUGGAGAAAAAGAAAGAACGUCUCGAGAAACAAAGACAACGUGCCAAAGUCAAAGCCGAAAUAAUGGCCAAGAAUUUGGAGAAAGAAAUGAAAACUGCCCAGAAAAAAGCGGCAGAACUCUUCGUCACUGAGGUUAGCUCCGAGCCUAGAAGGAGGAGCGCGAGGAUAGAGAAAAUUGCAGAAAAUACUGCAAUCGAUUAUGAGGCGGGUUUUUUUUUCAAUUUGAGAAUAGUGGAAAAAUCAAAAACGUUUAAGAGUUUUUAAUUCACAAACUGAAGAUUUUUGGCAAUUGAGAUAAAAUGCUGAGCUUUUCAUGAGUAACUGUUUUUAGGAAGUCCAGAGAGGCAAAAUUUAGGUAAGCUAAGGCUUUUUUUUAAAGGUUUUUCUUAGCCUCUAAGGAUCAAAUAUACCUUAGAAAGUCUUCAAAUUUCGAUUAAGAGUCAAAAAAAUAGAACUCCAUAUUUGUUCGCUAAAAAAAUUCAAGCCAUGAACAAAGAAUUUUUUUCAGGAUUGCGACGUUUGA